AUGAUCAGCGUCCCGGAAGCCGUCACAGUGAGAGAGGCAGCAGGCCAGCUUCUGAACAUCGACCUUCGCAGCGUGGAUCACAAGCACCUCAGCAAGAUCCGGUGUCGCACUCGCAGCGUCGUUCACACCACCAAGAUGGCUCUCGAGGAGCGGAUGGUUCUAACAAUAGCAAUCGUCGCCGUGCGUAUUCCGAAGGAGGUUACCAAUCUCAAGGACGCCAGACUCGACAAGAUGGCGACCAGCAAGCCUCAGCCCGUGCCGCAGAGCGAGCAGCCGAGCGAGCAAAGCGACAAGCCAAAAAGGAGAAGUACAUCAAAUGGCUGA